AAUAAAAGGCAGCUAAAUUAAAUGGCACUUCCUAUGAACAACACAGUACCUAUUUUUUCUUGUAAUAAUCAGACAUUUCAAUUUAAUCCACCACCUAGGAUUAAUUAUGUCACACCUUUGAGUUGCACCUCACUUCAACAGCAGGUGGAUUGUGAGAUUGUUUGUGAGGGUUGCAGUGGGAGAGGUUGGUUGGUUUGUGAUUUUUGUAAAGGGGAAAAGACUAAUGUUAGAGCAGACAACAACAGAAUUUACCGCCGUUGCCCUUCUUGUAGAGCUACUGGAAGCGUGUUAUGUUCAAAGUGCAAAGUUUACAAAUGUGUUACAUUUCCAGAUGACAAUGAUGGAGAGGAGUUAAAUUUUAUUUGAGCCAUAUACUUUAAUAUUGAUUUGAUUUUCUCUAUUUAAAUGUUAAUAUAAUUAUUUGUUCGUUUCGUGCUUGUUUGAUUUCUUGAUUUUUCGGGGCAAAGAAAAUCAUCGAUGAUUCCGAGGUGCAUAGGCUUAUACAUCCGAAUUGUAAGGAUAUUUUUCUCUUAAGAAGAAAAAAAAACUGAUGAAUUUUAUGGCUUUAUGAGAUCCUA